AUGACUGAACAAACAGCACCACCCAUCCUCUCAACUCCCGAAUCAAAUAUUUUCGAGGAUCCUACCGCCGAGAUCAAACCUGAUCGAGAUAGCAAACUUUCAAAACAAGAAAUUAGAGAUGUAUAUGAGAUUGAACGAACGGCGCGGGAGGUGAUAGAAGGGGGAUGGAGGCGAGUCGCAUUGCAAUUCCCGGAUGGAAUGUUAGGGGAUGCGCCGGCGGUUUUUGAGGAGUUAGAGAAAGAGUUGGGACUUCUGGAACAGAGGGCCGGAAAAAGGAGUAAUGGCUCGGCUGAAAAUGGACGAGAGAAGUUGGAAACAGAAGUCUCAACACAACCAGCAGAUUCCAAGAUACGACUUGCGAUCCUAGCAGAUACAUCAUACGGAUCCUGUUGCGUGGAUGAAAUAGCAGCCGAACACGUGUCUGCGGAUGUCGUUGUACAUUAUGGUCGGGCUUGUCUGUCGCCUACGGCUCGAUUACCAGUGAUAUAUGUUUACACCUCUCGACCACUCGAAUUACAAACCACGAUCGAUGCGUUUGAAAAAGAGUUCGAAAAGGGGGACAAGGUGAUCGUGAUGGCAGAUUUAACAUAUCAUUCCCACGUCCCAACACUAGUCAAGAAACUGCAAGAAAGAGGAUGGAAUACAAUCCUGGAAACAGAAGUUAUCCACAACCCCACCGCCUCAAUACCCAACCGCAAAAUCCUCUGGCAUUCGAACUCUUCCGAAGAUACCGCAGAAGCAGAAGCGCUUACCCUCCAGUCCUACCAAAUCUUCCAUAUCUCUUCCCCACCCCCCGCCCUUCUUCUAACCCUCAACUCCCGCAUCGCCUCCCUCCACAUCCACCCCACCACCUCCGCCAUUCCAGACUUCAACACCAACACCACCCGCGCCCUAACCCGGCGCUACGGUCUCCUAACCCAACUAACCACCGUCCCCAUAAUUGGCAUCCUAAUCAACACCCUCAGCGUCUCCAACUACCUCUCCUCCAUCACCACGCUGCGCAAUCUCAUCCUCGCCGCCGGAAAAAAGAGCUACACUUUCGUCGUCGGGAAGGUGAAUAUAGCCAAGAUGGCCAAUUUCUCGGAAGUCGGCGGAUGGGUGGUGGUUGGGUGUUGGGAGAGCAGUUUGUUGGAGAGUCGGGAGUUCAUGAGGCCUGUUGUUACGCCUUUUGAGCUGGCGUUGGCGUUGGAGGGGGAUGGGAAGAGGGUGUGGGAUGGAAGGUGGAGGGGGGAUUUUGGGGUGUUGGAGGAGGGAAAGGUUGGGGGAGACGAGGGGAAGACUGGGGGAGAGGGAGCGGAGAUUGUGUAUGAUGAGAGCGCGAAAUCUGAGGAUGUGGAGGAUGAUGAGGAGGAGGAUUCUCUACCCCCAGAAUUCGACCUGAGAACGGGACGGUAUGUGUCGAAUUCUAGACCUAUGCAUUCUCACUCUUCCAACUCCAAACCCUCGAAUCCGUCCACCACCAGCAACCCAGCGAAUCCCACCUCAACCACCCUAGCUCGACGAGCCAAACUCGACAUCGCAACCGUAAACGGGACAGCGAGUCCAGGAGCCGAGUACCUUCGAAACACGCGGACGUGGCAGGGAUUAGGCAGCGAUUUCCGUGCAGAAGGUGGAGAGGAGGAUGGAAAUGGGAACGCGGGGACGGUUGAGGAAGGGAGGAGGGGUGUUGCGAGGGGUUAUGUUGUCGGUGAUGAGGAGGAACGGACGUAG